UAGCUCAGGAAGUUAUGAAGCAUUUAAAAAAUGUGUGGUCUUAUCUUCUUUCCCAUAGGUGACUGCCAACAACCGGCCCAGUGCCGAAUCCAGAAAUGUACCACGGACUUUGUGUCCCUGACUUCACACCUGAACUCUGCCAUUGACGGCUUUGACUCGGAGUUUUGCAAGGCCCUGCGUGCCUAUGCUGGCUGCACCCAGCGGACUUCAAAAGCCUGCCGUGGCAACCUGGUAUACCAUUCUGCUGUAUUGGGUAUCAGCGACCUCAUGAGCCAGAGGAACUGUUCCAAGGAUGGUCCCACAUCCUCUACCAACCCCGAAGUGACCCAUGACCCUUGUAACUAUCACAGCCAUGCUGGAGCCAGAGAACACAGGGGAGGGGACCAGAACCCUCCUAAUUACCUUUUCUGUGGCUUGUUCGGAGAUCCUCACCUUAGAACUUUCAAGGAUCACUUCCAGACGUGCAAAGUGGAAGGAGCCUGGCCACUCAUAGAUAAUAAUUACCUUUCGGUUCAAGUGACAAAUGUGCCCUUGGUCCCUGGAUCCAGUGCUACUGCUACAAAUAAGAUCACGAUCAUCUUCAAAGCCCACCGUGAGUGUACAGAUCAGAAAGUAUACCAAGCUGUGACAGAUGACCUGCCGGCUGCCUUUGUGGAUGGCAGCACCAGCGGUGGGGAUGGUGACGCCAAGAGCCUGCGUAUUGUGGAAAGGGAAAGUGGCCGCUAUGUGGAGAUGCACGCCCGCUACAUAGGGACCACGGUGUUUGUGCGGCAGCUGGGUCGCUACCUGACCCUCGCCAUCCGCAUGCCCGAAGACCUGGCCAUGUCCUACGAGGAAAGCCAGGACCUGCAGCUGUGUGUGAAUGGCUGCCCCCUGAGCGAGCGCAUCGAUGACGGGCAGGGCCAGGUGUCUGCCAUCCUGGGGCACACCCUGCCUCACACCUCCCUGGCACAGGCCUGGCCUGGCUACACACUGGAGACUGCCAACGCCCAAUGCCACGAGAAGAUACCAGUGAAGGACAUCUAUUUCCAGUCCUGUGUCUUCGACCUGCUCACCACGGGGGAUGCCAACUUCACCGCAGCUGCCCACAGCGCCUUGGAGGACGUGGAGGCACUGCACCCGAGGAAGGAACGCUGGCACAUCUUCCCAAGCAGUGGCCACCAGACGCCCCGUGGAGGUGGCCAUUCGUCUCUCUGUCUGGGACUCGCGUGCUUGAUCCUUGUUGUGUUUUUGUAGGGGUUGUCUUUUAUUUUUUUGUCUAUAACAAAAUUUUAAAAUAUAUAUUGUCAUAAUAUAUUGAGUAAAAGAGUAUAUAUGUAUAUACCAUGUAUAUGACAGGAUGUUUGUCCUGGGACACCCACCAGAUUGUACAUACUGUGUUUGACUGUUCUCACGUAUGUGUUCUUUGAUUGUAUCGAUUUUAUUUUGCAGUUUUGUGAAAUGUUUUAUAAUGUCCCUGCCUGGGGACCUGUUAGAAAGCACUUUAUUUUUUAUAUAUUAAAUAUUUAUGUGUACCUGGUUAGUAUGUAUAGUACAUAUACACAGACCCCAUAUGUAGAGACCCUUUGAAUAGGACCAGUGAUGACCUUUGUAGCUGUUCUUGGCUGUCCCCUUCUGCCCUUUCCCAUUGCUACUGAUUUCCAUGGGGUGCGGCUUCCACUGCCUCCUGGUGGGGCCUCCCCCUUCCUGUGAGUUCCUCACCUCUCCUGUCCUCACUUAAUUUGGAAGGAUGGUUAACUCCUCCUUACAGGUGCUUCUUGCUCUGUUAAAUACUGAUGUAGAGGAAGUCCUCACCCUCUUUAACAACUGUCCCUUUUCCAGGGGGGUGGGGAGAAUAUUCCUACGACCCUUAUUAAACUAGGAUUGUUAUUAUCUGAGCACUUCUGGUAUAUUAAGUUGAACCAUAUGAAACUGCUGUGUUUAUAGGUCAGAAGGGACUAGUGAUGGCAUUUUGCUAGACUCCCGUAGCUCUGUCUUUCUCAUCCCAUGUCCCUGUUUAAACUUUUUUCCCUCUUUUAACUAUUUUUCAUUGAACAGACUAAACACAACAACAUAAAUUCAGUGAUGAUGCCUUGCUAUCCUCUAUACAUUAUGCAAGGCCACGUUCUUAGCCUAAUUCCUUGGCUCUUUGGGCUCAGAAACACUGCUGCCUGUUUCUAUCCCCAGUGAGCCCAGGCUCUGGGGACUGCUGGUCUUCACUGAGGCCCAGAAGCCAUCACAAAGUUUCCCCCUCUUGCCCUGCACACCGUGUACUUAUCUGUCUGCAUGAUGAAUGGACUAGGGAGUCAGUGACAAAAGCUUCCUUGGCCUGACUCAGAAUGCACCUAACUCUGGGCACUAGUUAAACCAGACGUUCUCAUUAAGCAGUGUUGCUCCCCCGGGGAUCUCUCCUCAUUCAGAUAUUCUCCCUCUGAACAUGUGUGGGGGAAUGUUAGUCAGUUGCUCAUGUAACUUGGUAAAACCCCCAUAAAGUAAAAAAGCUCCUUACCUCUUCAGUUCCAUUGUCGGCACCCCCUGCAAAAGGAAACCACCACCAGCAACAGAUGAGCACAGUGACUGAGAAAGUAAACACGAUGGGUAGGUCAUAUCUAAAAUGUGUUUGGUUCCAAGAAAAGUAAUAGAAUUUGUGCUUUACCUUAAGUUUACGUUAAUGUAAACAAAAGUUGUUAAACAUUAAAUACCACAGUAAUGUGGGUCCAGAUCGUGCUAAGUUUCAGUUGGCUGGGUAACUUCUCCCCUUUGCCACGUGCCAUUGGUUAGCACUGCCAGAGGCCCAGACGGGGGGAGAGGAUGUCGUUCCGUGAAGUUCUUUCUCAGUGAACUGACCUACCAUCCAGGCACAGGAUGGAACUGUGGGUUCACUCAGAGGGGGCAAACCACCUCUCCAUCUUCUGGCAUAUGGGAGAAUAAUCUGGCCAGUCUGGGAAAAUAAGACAUCCUGCUUCUUAAUAAAUAUUCAACACCAGAGAGUUGAAGCUCAACCUGUCAUUCUUCCAUAAAAACUGGACUAAGGGCCUACCCACCACCAUCGGCUCUGAACUGUGGCUGCUUUUGUUCACCUAUCAAACCAUGUGCCAGGUUCAGAAGCUAUUGCUAGUUAGCAAUUUUGUUUUGGAAUUGAGUAGAAGAAAGAGAAAAUAGGGUACUUCUAACCACUAUGUCUGUGCAAAUAGUAUAAAAAAGAAGUAAAAAUGAGUAGAAAUUUCUGUAGUAUCUGGAUUUGGCGUAUGUAUGAUUAAUAUACCUUUGUCCUUUGUAGGGAAAGCAAAACAACCACCUCUACUGAUAGUUGGGAAAAUAAAAUUGGGUCACUUUGCCAUAUCACUUAACUGGAAAGGAUGCUUAAAUGCAUCCUGUAUCACUAGGAUUAGUACCAGUGUUUUUAGCUAUUCUCCUUAAUAAUAAGUGUCCCUGUACAACAUUUACAAUCCUCACAGAUAAUUGUUUCAGAAAUGCAGGUAUUUCUCUAGAGAAGGGCUAGCUUUAUUUUUUUUUUUUCUAGGAUUUCUAGAGAAAAUGCUACUUGCACAUAUUGGUUCUUGAAAUCCUCCUUAACCAGAGGAGUUUGGGGUCAUACCGACACGUGGAUAGGCUGUAGCUGUUACAGCGUCUCCUGGGGAGCCUCAAACUUGGAGGAAAAAACACUGGUUUUCGCAGAUGCUCCACAUGGCUAUCUUUAAAAGACUCAAAACAUUUUUGGUCCCCUUUUUAUGCUUGGAAACUCCACAGUGUGUCGAGUCUUUAGAUGUGGUUCAUAGGUAUAUGAAUAAAUAUCUGUGUAAAACAGUGUGUGCAGUGUGUAAAUACUUUAAAUUAUUAUGCUAGAAAAAUAAAGUUAACAUACCAA